GUGGGGCCACUGCCUUCCUCUCUCUCCAUGCUCAAAUAUUAGCCUCUCCCGUACUACCAUCAGAGCUUGGCUUCUUGAUGGGGACGUUUCUAACUUAUCUUUUUCUCUCAAUUCCAUUCCAUUUCCAUUUCCAUUUCUUCCAUCUCUUCUCUUUUAUACUUUCUCUCUCCUCUUAUUCUCUCUCUCUCUCUAUAUAUGAAAAUCUCUCUAAGUCAAUAUUUUCUUUCUCUAAGUAUCCCCUUCCAAAAAAUUUCAAAAACCACACUACUCGUCCUUUCACCAAAAACCCUAGCCACCACUCCUUAAGCUCUAGGCUUAGCUUCGCUCAUCGGUUUCCCUCUCACCAACAAAUUGGAAUAAUUUUUCGCCAGAGAUCUCGAAUAAUAGUUAUGGAUGAUGUGGACAAAUUCAAAUCCGAUCUAGGAGGUGGAGGAGGCGCAGGGACUGAGUUUGGGAGCCAGUCGAGCUGGACCCACUUCGGAGGCCCCGACUCGGACGACGGAGGCUAUUUCUUCUCCCCCGCCGACAGAGAAACCAGCAUACUGAGCGAAUUCGGUUGGAAUUUUCACACGGAGGAUGAUGAUCAGCUAGCCCGAACUACCGAGUCAGAACGGGCUGGGAAGUUAGAGAGGUCGAUGACGGCCGAUAUAGCAGAGAGCAGUACGGGCACCGAGAUCGCGGCUCGGAUCGGGUCGACGACGACGUCGAAUAAUCCGUCGGUGUCUUCGAGCUCCAGCGAGGAUCCGACGGAAAAGUCUACUGGCUCUGGUGGAAAGCCGCCACCCGAUCAGAUUCCUAACAACAAAGUGAAAAAGAAAGGGCAGAAGCGAAUGCGUCAGCCCCGGUUUGCGUUUAUGACUAAAAGCGAAGUUGACCAUCUUGAGGAUGGCUACCGUUGGCGAAAAUAUGGACAGAAAGCUGUCAAAAAUAGUCCUUUUCCAAGGAGCUACUAUCGGUGCACGAAUAGCAAAUGCACUGUGAAGAAAAGGGUGGAGCGAUCUUCUGAAGAUCCCACAAUUGUAAUCACAACAUACGAAGGUCAACAUUGUCAUCACACAGUAGGAUUCCCUAGAGGUGGAAUUGUCGCUCAUCCUGAUCUUGCUGCUGCCUAUCCCGGCAGCCACCACUUGACGCAGCCGGUAUCAAAAUUCUAUUAUACGGCAAUUAAUCCAUCCUUGAACACAGAAAGUAGUAGUGAUAAUAAUGCUUAUAAUAAUAAUAAUCCUAAUCUAGUUACCAAUAAUAUGAUUCAUCAGUCAAAUCAAGUAGUAACAAGUGAAGCUGGAAACUCCGCGCUUAUAAUAAUGAAAGAGAAAUCAAGUACUCCACUACAGGUUUCGGCUGAGGGAUUGCUCGGUGAUAUCGUGCCUCCUGGAAUGCGAAGUAGGUGAUCAUAUUCAUAUAAAUAUAAUAAGGGCAGUGACUUAAUUGUGAUGUGAACUGUGUACUAGCUAGUUGUUUCCUUGUGGUGACAUCGCAUCAUUACCAACACCUUGUAGUUCUCAUUGGCUAGAAACGUAUCAGCUACUGUUUCUGGGGAUCUAGAGUGCUUUGUGGACUAUCUUAUCUUUGAUUAUUAUUAUUGCUUGCUUAAUUAUAUAUUAUGUAUAUCCCAACAGCUUUUACUAUUCAACAAAUUAAAGGAAGCAACUUUAUUGAACAGCUUUCAUACACAGCCACUAAAAUACUCUCAAAAUAUGACUUAUUUCUGUUGUCUGCAUCCAGCUCCUGUGAUGAAAAAUAAUGGACCUAGCUAGCUAGGUUGAAUCAUUCUUUGUGUGCGUAUAAUAUACAUAAGACAAUAUUUUUUUCUUUCUGUACAUAUAUAAAACCACUCAUUUUAUUGAAUAAAAAAUGUACACAUGACAUUGUUUUGAAAUAUAUUAAAUAAUUAUCAGUA